CGCUUUUGGCGAUGAGAGGCGCCCUCGGCACGGCCGCCCGGCUCUUAGCGGUCGUGUUUGUUGCCAUCGCAGCGGUUUUACAUUACCUGGAAAAUUUGGAUCCGGUCACAAUCCCCAGCAUGGCUGAGGAUGUAAAGACGCUGGAGGAGAACUUGAGGCUCCAGAACAGAAGCUGUUUCCUCCUCGGUGCUUCAGGAGAAACGGGCAAGGUGCUGCUUCAGGAGCUGUUGGAGCGGAACAUCUUCUCCAAGAUUACGCUCAUCGGGCGGAGAAAGCUCACAUUUGAAGACAAAGCAUAUGAGAACCUGGUACAAGAGGUGGUCGACUUUGAGAAGUUGGAUGAAUAUGCUGCUGCUUUCCAGGGCCAUGAUGUGGGCUACUGCUGCUUGGGAACAACAAAGGCUAAAGCGGGGACUGAGGGCUUCAUCCGUGUGGAUCAUGACUAUGUUCUGAAAUCAGCGGAGCUUGCCAAGGCCGGCGGCUGCACACAGUUCCACCUGGAGUCUUCUAAAGGGGCGGACAAAAACAGCAGCUUCCUCUACCUUCGGGUCAAGGGACAAGUUGAGGCAGAUAUCGAAGCCCUGGGCUUUGACAGAUAUUCCAUCUAUAGACCUGUGGUUCUCCUGGUGGACAGGCAGGAGAGUCGGCCUUCUGAGUGGAUGGCCAGGAAGUUCUUGGGGACUUUGUCCUCAGUGUUUCCGACAGCCAUGUCCAUCCCAAUCCAAGCUGUGGCCAAAGCCAUGGUUUCCAACACACUGCUUCAGCCUGAGAAGCAGACGGAGAUCCUGGAGAACAAAGCCAUCUACACCCUUGGCAGCAGCACCCACAAGUAGGAUGUGAUGUCAAAAUGAGGGAAACGGGACAGCUUUUGAAGCUGGUGAUGCACCAAGGGCAUUUUAACAUGUUAUCUUUUCACCUUAUUCCCUGCAGGUUACUGUUUGGUGUUCACUUUCUUUCCUGCUGUAUCCACAUUUGUUUUUGUAAAGCAGCCUCUACAAACUAAGCCUAUCAAUUAUUUAUUUUUUCCUUCACCAAAGAAUUUAUCAUUUGAGGAUAUGCAUAUUGUUGAUAUAUGUUGACCGAGUCUGAUCAGUGCGUGCGUGCGCGUUUGCACACGUGCAUGCAUGUGGGGGGAGGGGUUAAUUUAUUAUUAAAACAUGUAUUUUCUAACUUUUUCAUAACUCUUUCAUAUGUUAUGAGCCGAAAGUGGGUAAGGCUAAGAUGGUGGUGGAUAGACUGUAGAGAAACUGAUGUGCAGAUUUCUCAUGAUCACUAUAAAUCAGACUGAGCACUUUGAUCGCAUCAUCUUCACUCUUUGAUUUGCACCAUCAAACAAUUUAUUUUCUCUUUUCAUGGUAUUUCCUUAACUUUUAUCACUUACCUAUGAAGGACUGCCAUCAUUUCACAGCAAAACACAAUAAUGACAAAUACAAUAAGGAGUAUUAAAAAGAAGUGGUGUGAACACGAGAUAUGGUGGUAAAUAGAAAAGAUAACCCCAGUACUUACUUUUCUUUGGCAGAACUAUAAUGUGGUUGUAUGAGUUGAUCCAUCGUGGAGAGGACUGUCUGGGAAAACAAAAGAAAAUAUUUUAUUUCUUCACUGUAUUUCAAGUGGAAAAAGGGGAGUCCUUUGGGUUUGACUCGGUGGUCUUGUUUGUUGGUGUUGUCCAGUAAUUCAUUGGGAGCUGCCAUCAUCAGGCCUUUAAUAUUCAUGUCUUUGUACUUAACCCAAGACCCGGCACUUAACCUUUCUGCAAAACAGUGCCUUAAAUUGAAAUUGACCAUUUAUUUUUCUCUUUCAUGAAUAUGGAGAAAAAUGUCAAAUGCUUACUUCAUGCUUUCUUAAUUAUGUUUUUCAUUCAUUUUUGAUUUAUUGUGUGGGGUAUUUUAUAAAAUAUAUUGCAAUAGUGUUUGGUAUGAAUAGCAGUGCUUAGAAUUUGUUGUAUAUUUAUUUCUUUGACAUUAAAAAAAGUC